AUGUCUACUCAACAGCACCAUCGUACUGCUCGAGAAUAUAUUGUUUUAAUUCCAUUACAAAAAACGUCAACUGUCAAUAUAGUUUCAAUAGAAAGACAAAAUCUUAUUGAUAAAACAGAUAAAAAUAUUCUUCAUAUUGGUAGUGGAUUGAAUGAUGAUUUUAUUAUAUAUAAAAAUUCUCAAUCAGUACAAGAAGAAAAUGAACCAAUUGAAUUUUCCUCUCGAUUUAAAGUCUUUAUGAUUGAUAAGCAAACGAAAAAAAUACAUCAAGAAAAUCGAAUAUUACAUUUUUGGUUCUAUGAUCUUCAAACAGAUGAAUGUGUAAAUGAAACAAAUGAAUUUAUGCGUGUAUUACUUAAAUCCAAUGAAUUUCCUCGAGAUUAUUUUUCAUUUAUUAAACGUUUAAUGGAAUUAUUACGAACAUUUUCAAUAAUACGAAAGAUUCAACUAGAAAUUCAAACACUAACAGAUAAUAAUCUUGAUAAUGAUCAUCCACUAUAUGAAAAUAAUCCUCAACGAUAUGGUGAUAUGGUUAAAGAAAGAUUAUUAGACUUGCUCGAACAAGCAUUUCCUAAUCCUAUGUUAGUUAAUGAUUUGGCAAAAUAUGUCGAGAGUGAUGAUCAAAUAGUAUUUCAAUAUCUUGUGGAGUUAGAAGAUAAAAAUCUUGUUAAACAUCUUGAUCAUGAUGGUCAACAAUGGACACGUGUUAUUAUAUCGGCUGAAGAAGAAGAUACUCAUAAAGUUAUUCUCUAUAAAUCAAUUGCGGAAUUAUCAAGUACAUUUCGUCCAACAAUUGCUAUAAUAACAGUGAAUUAUUUUGAAAAAUUAGCAGUUGAUGCUAUGAUUGAAAAUAAAAUUACAUUCGUACGACAUAAAGCAGGUGAAUCAAAUGUUUAUACAAUUGGUACAAUUGGUUCACAUCAUGUUGUUUCAACAAAAUUACCAUUAAUUGGUCGAAGUCGAACAGCACAAAUUUCAACAGGAAGUACAACAACUCGAUUAUUAGGUACUUUUCAACAUGUUGAACAUGUUUUUAUUAUUGGUUGUGCUGGUGGUGUACCUCAUUAUACAGAUGCAAACAAACAUAUACGACGUGGAGAUGUUAUAGUUGGAUAUCCAAAUGAAGAAGAUUAUAUUUAUGGUAUCUAUGAAGCUGAACAAUCAUCUGAAGGUUAUGAAUUUGUUUCUACAUGUUAUAAACCAAAAAGUUUUGAACUUUAUCAAUUAAUGGAUCCAAUAAAAGAAAAUUAUCAGCAAACAAAUUUAACUCGACCAUUAACACAUAAAUAUCCAUGGGAAAAGUUUCUUGAAGAUGGUAUACAAUAUUUACUUUCACAUAAUAUUGAUUGUUUACCACCAUCAAAUGAUCAUUUAUAUAUUAAAAUGGAAAAUGGUGAAAUUGUUGAAGUUGAACAUCCAACUAAAGAUAAAAAAGAUUAUACAAAACCAAUAAUACGUUUUGGUAUGAUAGCUGGUGGAAAAAAUAUUUUAACAAAUGAUUAUUUCAAAUCAACAUUAAGUGAAAAAUGUAAUGUUUUAUGUUUUGAUUCGGAAAUUGAUCAAGUUAUUGCUGCUAUACAAGGAAAUCGUACAGAAUCAUUUAUGAUUAUACGUGGAAUAUCAGAUUAUCAUGAUGGAACUUUAAAUAAAGAAUGGCAACCAUAUUCUUCUCUAUGUGCUGCGUCAUUUAUGAAAACAAUUAUUUAUAAAAUUCCAAGCAACCUACAUUCUCAUUCUUUUGGUGAAAAUAAUGAUGAUAAUAAUAAUGUACUUUAG